AUGAGUCACGCGAGCCCGGUUGGGUUUAUUGAAAACUUGGGCGCCAAGAUUGAAGCUGAGGAGGCCGAGCGAAUGUCAGCUGAUGGCGAGAAUCCAUUGAAGUACUUGGUGAAAGACGGCAUACUUUACAAGAAGAACCGAACACCUGUGGCUAGGAUCAGCUUAGUUCAAGCGGAUUCGAUUCCAUUAAUUUCAAACAACUUCCCCAAGAUAACUCGAUCGGUUCCGACGCAAACGAUGGUGGAGUCUUCACCAGUCAUCGCGGAGCAGGCCAUGUGGCAAAUACCAGGUGAAUCAAAUCAGACAAGGAUGAAGCAGCGACGACAUGGUUUUAGACCACCCACGCCUUUGGGCCCGCCAACGGUAAAACUGCCAAGGAGCUCGCCAUAUGACGUGAAGAAAUGGCGCGGAGAGGGAGGUGACCGUAAAGCCUCCAUUCUCUCACGAACCGUGGCCAGUGACAACCUCAUGGAAGACCCUGACGUGAUUAUGAAUGAUCUGAUCAAUCUUCAGCGUGAUCCACCUCCGUAUCCAUUCAGUCACUGCUAUAUGAAUAUCGACGGAUUCAUGUGCUGUAAUCGGUUUUUGGAAUCGCUGAUGCGCAAAAGUUACCGUAAACUUCGAAUGGGGCAACGUUUCAACGAAUGUAGCGUUCAGAGGAUCGCCAACAGGAUUCAAAGUGACUCCGAGCGUGUGUUCAACACCACCUUCGAGACUGUAGUUGGUAUUGACGAUUUUGCGAUUCGAGCACAUUUCGCUGGCGAUUUAAUGUGCAAAAUUCAAGAAGGCGGACGAUUUAUCACCAACUAUGCCACUAUGAUGCCGUCCAGAGUCGGUGUGAAACCUGAUCCAUUGGCGGUGGUGACAAAUAUGGAGAUGAACACACGAGAAAGCGACAAGUCCUUCCCGGAGCCAAUACCAGUUGGCGAUUUGCCAACUGUAGAACAAUUGGACGGGGCCGUUCAACACGUACAAGUUCCUGAUCAACAACGUCCGCGAAUAGAAAAGGAGGACAUACCAUAUCAUGAGAAAACUCGAGAAGAUAUCGCCAACGAUAAUCUCAUCAACAGGUGA